GAAACCUGAAGCUCUAUGAGGGAUGUUUUAUCCUCUCAGCUCGGCGUUGCAGCAUCAAUCCCACACUGACGUCACCCCCCAAAUUUCGCAUCCCGCAAUAGCUCAUUCAUUUAUUUAGCCUUGUGAUCAGAAAUGGCGGAAAGAUUACUCGAUGUCGAGCUAUUUAUGUCUCCUAAAGCUCAUUAGGUGUGAACGGCUGACGGUGAAACGAGGAAAUUAAGCGGCUCUUGCGCGUCUCCGGAGCUCGGGUUACCGCGCGCACCUCUCUGCGUCUGAGCGCGUCCCAAAACACUGCAUUCGAGGGGGGAAACACACUCCGUCGGACACUUCGAGGGACACACUGCUUGAAAAUGUUGACCCUGCUGUCGGCUAUGUACUUGGUGGUGCGCACGGCUUCGGCGCAGGCCGAACCGAUCCGUGUUUUGGUGACUGGCGCCGCCGGACAGAUCGCCUAUUCUCUGCUCUACAGCAUCGCUAAAGGAGAUGUGUUCGGCAAGGACCAGCCAAUCAUCUUGGUGCUCCUGGAUAUCACUCCCAUGCUGCCGGUGCUGGAUGGAGUCGUCAUGGAGCUGCAGGAUUGUGCUCUUCCUCUUCUGAGAGAGGUGAUUCCCACUGAUAAGGUUGAGGUGGGCUUCAAGGAUCUUGAUGCUGCCAUCUUGGUGGGCUCUAUGCCCAGAAAAGAGGGCAUGGAGAGGAAGGACCUGCUGAAGGCCAACGUGGCCAUUUUUAAAACCCAAGGUGAAGCACUGGAGAAGUAUGCCAAGAAGACCGUCAAGGUGCUAGUUGUCGGGAACCCAGCCAACACCAACUGCUUGAUUGCCUCCAAAUCCGCUCCCUCCAUUCCUAAGGAGAACUUCUCCUGCCUGACCCGUCUGGACCACAACAGGGCUCGCUCUCAGGUGGCGAUGCGUGUCGGUGUGCCCUCUGACAGUGUAAAGAACGUGACUAUCUGGGGGAAUCACUCCUCUACUCAGUACCCGGAUGUGCACCAUGCUAUCGUGACCCGUAAUGGGAAGGAGAUCGCCGCUUUUGAUGCUGUGAAUGACGAAAGCUGGCUGAAGGGGGACUUUAUCUCUACAGUGCAGCAGAGAGGUGCAGCCGUCAUCAAGGCCAGAAAACUCUCAAGCGCAAUGUCUGCUGCCAAAGCCAUCUGUGACCACAUGAGGGACAUCUGGUUCGGCACUCCAGAUGGUGAAUGGGUGUCUAUGGGGAUCUACUCUUCUGGCAAUUCCUAUGGAGUUCCUGAUGACCUCAUGUACUCCUUCCCUGUAAAGAUCAAGAACAAGAGCUGGAAGGUGGUUGACGGCCUCUCCAUCAACGAUUUCUCCCGUGGAAAGAUGGACGCCACGGCUGCCGAGCUGGUGGAGGAGAGAGACACGGCGCUCACCUUCCUCUCAGCGUGACUCCAGCACUCCACAAACACACGGCAGACGCUAGACUCAAACUUCCAGAGUUCCCGACUCUAAAGUCCUGUAGAUUUCACAGCUGGCCGUGAUCGAGUGUGUGGGUCUUCAUGUCCUGUAUGCGUGAGUGUAUGAGUGUGUGUGUGUGUGUGUUACUAAACCAGAAACGUUCGCAAUGUAACUUCCCUCUGCUUGGAGUGUUUGGGGCAACACCUGAAGGAGUUUAUUUCCAAUCUGAAUCUUUACGCACAGUUGUCCUGACUAAAGAAUCUUCUGUCAUACAACAAUAAACGACCAUGUGGAAAACAGUU